GGGUGAUCGGAACCUCACCCCUCAGACAUGUGGGGCUGUUGGAAGCUGAUGUGAUACGCGGCAUGUGGCGAUCCGCUGGGAUGUCGGCAGCUGACACAGAGAAGCCAACAUGCUCAAAGAAAGAAACAAAACAAAUCAUCUGCUUUGCAGGGUCCCCAUGUGUCCCAAUCUGCAGUCCUUAAUCUUCAAGGCUCCAAACAGAGAACUGGAAUAGACCGCGGCAAACCCCGAUGUGCUCGGCAUUGGCACUGAGAAAAAUACGAAGGAUGGGGCCAAAGGCUCGGAAGGAGCUCCAAGAAUCACUCCAACGUGUUGUUUCUGGUUAUGCUGUUGACUUGGAUUGCCGUGAGUUGAAUGAACUGCUGGCUUUUGCAUCUCGCUGUGGACGUUGGCAAGAAGCUUCCGAACUCCUGGCCCAAGCACCGCUUCUGAGAAUCAGUCCAGACGUUGCAAGCUACACAUCCGUCAUCGCUGCGUAUGCCAAACAUCCACAGCUGUGGCAGAAGGCUUUCAUCACAUUGCGCAGUAUGCCAUCUGGCCUCCCAAAUGUCUUCAGCUAUGGAGCAGCGAUUAGUGCUAUGGCACGAUCAUCCGAAUGGCAGAUCGCGGAAAUGCUACUACAAGAAAUGCAGCAGCUACACCAUCAGCCGACUGUAGCUUGUCUCAAUGCAGCUUUGACGGCCUACUCCAACGCUUUCGAAUGGGAGUCGGCACUGUUCUUCUUCUGUUUGUUGGACUCGGAGCUGAAAGCGGACGUUGUCAGCCUGGGUGCUGCCAUUUCUGCCUGCAAUCGAUUCGACACAUGGCAGUUGGCGAUGAGUCUGCUGAACUCCACCGUUCGCCCGAAUGCGGUGGCCUGCAAUGCUGCUAUAAGCAGCUGUGAGACGUCAACAGCGUGGCAGGCUGCCAUAGGGUUGCUGCACUUUAUGCAGGGCACCCGCUUGGCAGAUCAGAUCACUUUUACUAACAUCAUUUCGACAUGUGGCAGAACCAGCAGGUGGCGGAAAGCUUUGUCCCUCUAUGAAGGACUUGCCGAAUCACAGGUCCUUAGUGAGAAUGUCCACAACGCUACAAUCACAGCUUGCGAAAGGGGCAGGGCGUGGCUGCAUGCCAUCUUGACUUUUGAGCGGAUGCGCUGCAAUCGUGUCAGUGCCAGUGCUAGAAGCUUCAGCGCAACGAUCACAGCUUGCCAAAUCUCAGCCAAGUGGCGCGUGGCAUUGCAGCUUCUCGAACAGAUGUGCCACAGUCACAUCAGCUUGAACACACCAGCCUGCAAUGCUGCUCUGAGUUGCUGCGAGAAGGCAGGCGAGAGGAAGAUAGCAAUCCAACUGCUACAGUCCUUGCCAGGGCACUCCGUCCAGGCUGAUGAGAUCACUUUUAACGCUGCCAUCAGCGCCUGCGAAAAGACGGAUCGCUGGGAUAUGGCGCUUGAUUUGCUGGAGGAGAUGGGCAGAAAACAGUUGCGGCCCAGUGACAUCAGUUUUUGCGCUGCCAUGAGUUCUUGCAAAAUGCCCGGUGAAUGGGAGCAAGCACUGCGGCUGAUGUCAAGGCUCUGCGAGCAGAAUUCACCAUCAGUUGUGAGCAUCAACGCAUUGCUGUUCUGCUUUGCACAAGCCUCCCAGUGGGAAUUGAGCCUUUCAGCUUUUCCACCACAUGCUGACGACCUCUCACAUCAAGCGCUUUUCGCCGGAUGCAGUAUUGCUUUGAAGUGGCAACACUGCCUGGCCUUGCUAUCCAACAUCUCACACUCAAAGCGAGGCAUUCUAUCACCAACAAUGCUGCAGGACUUUGUCAAUGCUUGCGAGAGAUCGAGGCAUUGGUCGCCGUUGCCGCUUCAACAGUUUCGGGAGGUCGACUCCGUUGACUCCGUUGACUCCGUUGACCGUUCCGACCGUUCCGACCGGAACGUGGCUCAGAGCUGGGCCUUUGGAAAGUCGCUGCAGUGUGCAUCGGCAAAAAGAGCAGUGGGUCAGACAGAUUCGGCGUUCCGCAACUCUGAGCUUUUCCAAAUGCCGUCAGAAGCGGCAGCCUCGCCUGGCACCAAUGUGCAGGGCAAAAAGCCCUUGUUGGAACAUGACCGUGGCACCAGGUGUGAACGCUGCAGCACCACGUUUCAGCGUGUGCUGGGUCUAGCCAUCAAAGGCCUGCUAUUGACAGCACAGCGGGUCUUUGACGUGUUGGCAGUGCUGAUUCACAUUAUGUACAUAUCUGACACCUGGGUGGAUGUAGUGAAAAACCUUCAUUUUUGGCUCUUGGUCUUUGGAGUAUUGGCUUCCACCAUGCUUUCUGCCUUGACACUUAGUAGACAUCGAUCAGCCAUACGGAAGAAUCGACCCUAUGGAUGGUGCGUGGCACUGAUGGUGUCUGCUCUACAAUUGGCACCUUUCGUGGAGAUGGUUGACAAACUUGGUGACGGCGUUUGCUGGGGUCUUCGUGAGGAAGACCUUUCGUCUCCCUUAGCGUCAGUUCUCAGCAAUUCGGGUUCAAGAGGUUCAAGACGACCAUCCAAUGCAGAAAUGAAAGGCUCUCGCUAUGGAGAGAACCUGAUGCGCGGCUUGCGCAAGCUGUCAAUUGCAAGUCUACCAUUGAUCCUGCUGUCGGCCUUCGUCCACUCUGCUUGGCUUUUGGAAGACGACCACUUCGACCAAACGGUUACCGAAGCUGCAGGAUUCGUGGUGGGUAUUGUGUGUCUAUCCAUGGCCUGUGCGGAUGUUGUGCUCUACGUUUGGGUUGACGAUGCUUUCGUGCGACAUCAUAAGAAACUCGUGCAGGUCCACUAUUUUGUGGAAAUUGUCACAAGGCUUCCUCUUCUAUGUUUGCUCCUGCACGUCGUUGAGAAAGGUUAUGUCCCAAUGAUUUUCUUGUGGGCCUGUGACAUGUCUGCGAGUGUGCUGCUGUUGCUGAUGCCAACGCUUUUGAGCUGGCGCCGGCGCAUGUCAUGCCGCCAUGCUUCCAGCCAGGUGGCCAGCGGUGUGAUCAUGUCGCAGAUUUUGUUCUUCGUGAACAUUACCAUGUUUGACCCGCGAGAAGCGUUCCAAGUGGUCAACAUGGGCUUUUACAUUGUCAAGUAUGUCGAGGCCUUUGUCAUUUGCAGAGUCCUACAAUGGGAUCACGAAUUUGACAGGUUGAAGACCAUCUUCCAGGAGGUGCAGCUCGCCUCUGUGGUUCUGAAUGCCUUUCUGGUGUGGGUGGUCGUGCCCAAGCUCCGAAGUAUGCAGGAUGCUGCAAUGUCUCUCGCUCGACAGGACAUGCCACGUCUCUCAGAUCUACUGCCCCGUGAUGAAGCCAGUGCAAUGCGGCCCACGACCUCACGGAGUCAGCUGUUUGGGCUGCCGCAGAACAUCGCCUUGGAGCUGGGCACAGUUGGAAGCCCUCAGCAUGGAGCUUUCCUUGUUCGAGAGAGUCGAGCGGAAAGCGCACGCUUGGAGCUCCUGGGGGACAUGCUGGAAGGCUUGCACCUUACUUGCGAAGCACAGAGUGACCGAAACCGUGCAGCAGUUGCUCGCAGCACAGUAGCAGAUGUCCUUUGGUCAUUGGUCUUGCCUUGGAGUGGCGAAUACAGCGAUGCUUCUGGGCGUGUUGUUCUGGAGAUGAUGGAUCCAGAGAGAGGAGCUGUUUUGAUCAAACGAGAAGUUCUUACGGAAGAUGGUUCUCGAGAGCUGACCGAAUCCGUUGGCGUGAUCUUCCAAGGGACUGCCAUCGAAGUCGUUUUGGAUCCUUCGGAGGGCCGUGUGAUUGGCUCACACAUGGGGCACGAGAUCCGUUUCGCGGACUCCCAUGGAACUGUUUGGACUCGCAAAGCUGGAAGUUUCAGCCCAAGCAGCUCGAGUAGUAGCAGUGGAGGUAGCGGUGACCGAGAAAGCGCUGCCCGCGAAGUGCUGCGGCUGGUCCUGACACAAGUCUUGCUGUCGUUGCGAUGGGAACCAACCUUCCUUGGUUUGGGCAUUGGAAAAGUGAAAGCUGGAGAUCUGGUGGCGAUUGAUGCGGCCAGACGACCCUUGCUCAGCUUCCUUCUCCGAUAUGCCAUUGGAACCCGUGACCUCACCUUUAUCUCUGAGAUCUACUGGUCUUUGUGGUGUUUGUCUCAAGACUACCUCGACCCCAACCGCGCUGCAUAUGACAAAGCACGCUGGGUUAUGGUCAAUGCGUUGGAGGGAAAUAUCGAAUUUUGGGACAGCGUUCGCGGUAUCCAGCUGGACACUUGGGCAUCCAGGUCAAGCAGCUCGAGCAGCUCGUCCGGGCCAACUCCCAAUGCAGACAGAAACUUCAGAGACCAAGCGCUGCGCUUGAUCACCCAGCAGGCUGCUCUUUGGCAACAGACCUUACAAUUGGCUGCUUUUGGCCGAGAAACAGCUGGUGACUCCGCGGAGAAAACCAGAGCCAUCCGUCAUCGCCUGCAUGAGAUGAUGAAGUCUCGAGCUGUUGAUGAGGCGGAGGACAGGGAGCCGAUGGUGCUAGAGGACAGCUACCUCUCUGAGAGAUUGGAGGCAGAUCCUUCACUGAUGAAAGCCACCCAAACAGCAAGUUUAGUGAGAAGCUCUCGGCACUUUCUAUCGACCCCGGUGGAUCCCAGCGUUCCAUUUCUUGGCGUCGACGUAGCUCAUUGCGAGAUUCUGAAGUCCAAUGCAGCACCGCUUGUGUUGGGAUCCUUGAAGGUGCCAGAUACUGGAUGCGGCCUUGACCUAGAAGCCAACCAUGGAGGCUUAUCAUUGCACCGAAUGGUCAGCGAGAGCCAGGUCGACCGGUACAUGGUGAAAGUGGGAGACGACCUUCGGCAGGAUCAGCUCGUUCUACAAAUGCUCCAUUUGAUGGAGCUGGUUUGGCAGGAGCGGCUGCCAAAAGAAGAGAAUGAAAUGCUGCGCUUCGUUCCAUACAGAGUGCUUGCCAUGACACCAGAUGCAGGAUACAUCAAGUUUGUACCUGGUGCCAUGUCUUUGUCAAGAGCUUUAGCGCAAAGCAAUGGCGAUUUGUUGACCUGGUUUGCCUCGAACCUUCCAGAGGACAUGACCAAAGACCAGGUCUUGAAUAACCUCUGUGGGAGCGCUGCAGCUUAUUGUGUUGCAACAUAUGUUCUUGGAAUUGGAGAUCGUCACCUUGACAACCUGCAGAUCACUCCAGAGGGCCACUUCUUCCACAUUGACUUUGGAUUUAUAUUUGGAGAAGACCCGAAGCCUUUUGCUCCGCGUUUGAGGUUGCCACAACAGGUUGCCAGUGUGCUUAUGAAAGAAAUUGACUCUCAAUCUGGUGGCACACUGCUAGACAGAUGUUUCCUGCUCGCUGGGCGCGCCUACAUAGCUCUGCGCCGGUCUAUGCCCUUGUGGGUCUCCCUUUUGAGGGUGACUGGCCACGCGGGCGGGGCUGGCUGCUCAUGCCUGCGGCAAGAUGCGAACGCAGCCGUGGUGGUGGUGACUGAUCGUCUUCGAAGCGAUCUUGACAGCUACGAGGAGGAGAAGGCAGCAACUGAAUUCCUGUUGGUACUUACCGAAAGUACAGAAGCAUUGUAUCCUGUUCUGACAGACAAAGUGCACCAGCUGGGUCUAUUCUGGAAGUGACGCCUCCACACCGUGUGUGUGGCGUGUCGAGUUUUUUUGCUUGUUUUGCUCACUUGAAUUCACCCUGCACUUCCCAGCCCAGUGCCUACUAAAUCCUAUUGGCGCUGGAUUCUCUUUGUGAUUUUAUGCGCCUCAUGUGUGUUGGCACGACAGUUUUCGGCGCAGUCUGAUCGACAAAGCAACAUUAUCUAAUGGCUGUUCCCGGACAGCAUUCAGACACGUCAUAGAGCAAUCACGUCCGCAUUACAC